AUGUGUCAAUCUGAAGGUCGUAUUAAAGCCAAACGGCUGCAGUACAACGGGAAUCAGCCGUUGUCUUCUGGUGAGAUGAGUUUUUUUCUCUUCACCAUCUCUUUUAACAAUGACAUCUAUCUGGCUCUUAAAAUUGAGCGAAUAAAUUUGAUGCUUGACCACAUUGUGAGUAAUAAUUCUUCUUCGUUGUCAUAUCUUUCCUGGCUGCUUUCCAUCGAAUCUGUUUCACCUGACAUAACUCCCAUCUCAGACUCACCCUUGAUUUCUUCCUCUCCACCUUCCCGUCACUGGCCAUAUCAGCAAUUAUUCCCUGGAUCAAGUCGCCUCGCUCAGUUAGCUUAUGUGCUGCCCUGUCUAUACACUCUUCUCUUACCUGCUUCCGGUCGACCUCGAAUUCCUCCUCCACUUCAGGGCCUCUUUCCUAUAGAUUUAAAUUCUUCACUUUCUAUGGGGCCUGGGGGUCUGAUGGGAUCCCGAGUUGGCGAUGAAGAACUCUCAGAUUGCAAUAAAGAGGAUGUUAGUGAUAUUUAUUAUGCUAAUGCUAAUGAGGACUACGAUGAGGAAGGAAUUGCAAAUGCAAGGAAGGAAAAGGCAGGAAAGGAAAACGAAAAACGGACUAUCUCACUGCCUGAGUCGGGCAAUAAUACGGACGAUCGUGACUGCACUAUGCACUCUGAGGCAUCGAUUCUCGAGAAAAAUUCGUCAGGGAAUACUGAAGUGUCUACUGGCACUGCUAUCGCUCAUGUCCCGAUUACUUGCUUGGCCUCCCCUGCAUCAAUGGCUCUUCAGCGCCUCCUCAGCCACCUUAUUUAUCCGAAGCAGAAGCGAAAGCCAGCUGUCAACUCUUCUGAGAAAAAGCACUUUGGUCAGACACGCUGCACUAGGUUGGCUCAAAGCUUUCUGGUAAGAUUUGUGGUACACCGUGACCAAACUUAUGCUUUUAUUCUAUGGGUUUGCUAA